AUGGUCAAGGCGUUCGCCCUCCUUCUAGUUGUCACAAACUGGGUUCUCUCUGUUACCGUAUUAUGGAUGACAGUCCUGGUGCUGUUCCGUGCGAGCGUUAAUGACAACCUUAUUUUGAUCUCGACAGCAGUACUUUUCGCACUUCCACAGAUCAGGGCCAGUAUGCCGGAUUCUCCGCCAUUUGGCGCUUUUAUCGAUAUUGCAGGUUACUUCAUGAAUGUCUGUCUCGUCAGCGUCUGUACUUCAAUUCUCCUCUUCUCGCAAUUACAGUACCAUUAUCAGCCAGUAGUCAAAACAUCGGUCGAAGUAACGCGAUUACAGAGAGCCACUGUUCUUACGGGCAGGUAA